CUUUGUCGCUCGCCGUCCAGCUAUUGGGCGGCGGCGACGACGACCCACCCUACCGUUGUCCUGCAUGCCGGCCGACGUUCCUAGAUCAAAAUGCCAUCACAUUCGUCGCACACCCUCCUACAAAUCAUCCUAAUCUCCGCCCACGAUCUCCCCCCUGUGUCGAAAACGCUACGCACGUACGCCGUUGCAUGGCUAGAUUCCGGUCAUAAAUCGACGACGAGGAUCAAUCACGAUGGCCACAAUAACCCGAUGUGGAAUCACAAGUUCACCUUCCGCCUCGAAAACCAGCUGCUCGGCUCUGGCGACGCUGCCGUCAAUUUCGAAAUCUAUAACGUUGCAUGGCUACGUGACACUCCCAUUGGCAUCGCCAAGCUUGCGUUAAACAACUUCUUUCCACCACUUUUGGCCAAUAAUUCCUCCAUAAAGACCGCUGCCCUUCCCGUCCGCCGCCCCACCGGACAUUUACAAGGAACCCUCCACGUUACUAUCCAAUUAAAAGAAACUGGCGGUGUCGGCUGCCAUUUAAAUGUUCCGCUCCAGACGAAUAUAGAAGAAGUUAAUGACGAUGAAACUAAAGGUAGUGCUUCAAAUGGGUCAUACAUGUUUGAAGAAUAUAAUGAUGAGAAUAAAACCUCGGAUGUUCCUGCUGGAGAGGAUGAAAUUAUGCAGGCGGGUCUAUCGAAAGGAUGCUUUUCCGGUGAAGAAGAAGAGUACGGGAGUUCCAUAUUCGAAAAUUGGUCUAUCCCUGACCGAGAGAGUAAUAAUAAUAAUAAUAAUAUAGAAGAUCAAACGGUGAGAAAAGAUUCAUUGAGCAUUUCAUCACUUUCGUGGCAAUUGAUGGAAGAAAGGUUUAUUCAUUCGCCCACAAUAGGAGACAACAAGUUGAGUGGGGAAGGCUCAUCGUCGCCGAUAAGAAAAUCAAGAUCUGGAAUACAUCAUUAUCACCACCACCAUCGGCGGAGAAGCCGGGCCAGUGUAGGAUUGAUGUCAUGCUUUGGAAAUGCAUAUGGGUUUGAGUACAAGUUCAUAUGUGGGUCCGGCCGACACCAUGAAUAGGAAGGAAAUGGAGAAAAUUUCUUAAAUAGAAUUAAAACAUAGAUAAAAUGUACAAAUAGAAUUGGCAUUAUUUUAUUCUUUCUAAGAUAAGACCCAUUCAUUCGUGAUUGAGGAAAAUUUAUGUUUUCAAUAAACCAAA